CGUAGCGAUGGAGGGUGGAGGUGAGGUUCCCAUGAGCUCGUACAUCAUGGAUGAGGAGACGCUGAAGAGGAAGCAGAGGGAGAAACUGAAGAAGCUCCAGGCAACAGGAGGAAACCCUCGACCUGCUCGCUCGCUCCUCUUCCUCACGCUGAAGAACCCGUUCCGCAAAGCCUGCAUCAGCAUCGUGGAGUGGAAGCCGUUUGAGAUCAUCAUUCUUCUCACUAUCUUUGCUAACUGUGUGGCUCUCGCUGUGUUCAUGCCAAUGCCUGAGGAGGACACGAACAGCACCAAUAGCAACCUGGAGAGUUUGGAGUACAUCUUCCUCAUCAUCUUCACACUGGAGUGUUUCCUGAAGAUCGUGGCGUAUGGACUUCUCUUCCACGCUGACGCAUAUUUACGAAACUGCUGGAACAUUCUGGACUUCGUCAUAGUGACGAUGGGUCUCUUCACUAUAGUGGUGGACUUCAUUAAUAAUAUCAGUGGUGUUGAGUCUCCGGUGGAGCAGAAAGGUGGAGGGUUUGAUAUGAAAGCUCUGAGAGCGUUUAGGGUGCUGAGGCCGUUACGGCUUGUCUCAGGAGUCCCGAGCCUGCAGGUGGUGAUGAGCUCCAUUCUCAAGUCCAUGCUGCCGCUGUUCCACAUCUCACUGCUCGUCUUCUUCAUGGUGACCAUCUACGCCAUCAUCGGCCUCGAGCUCUUCAAAUGCAAGAUGCACAAAACCUGCUACUACAAGGGCACGGAUAUCAUAGCGACGGUGGAGAAUGAGAAGUCUUCUCCGUGUGCUGAGGCGGGAAACGGGCGGCGCUGUGUUCUGAAUGGGACGGUGUGUAAACCAGGGUGGCCCGGUCCCAAUAACGGCAUCACACACUUCGACAACCUGGGCUUCUCCAUGCUCACUGUGUAUCAGUGCAUCACCACGCAGGGCUGGACAGACGUCCUCUACUGGGUGAACGAUGCGAUUGGGAUGGAGUGGCCGUGGCUCUACUUCGUCACUCUCAUUCUGCUGGGAUCAUUUUUCAUCUUAAACAUGGUGCUGGGAGUCCUGUGUGGUGAGUUCACUAAGGAGCGGGAGAAGAGCUCUCGGAGUGGUGAGUAUCAGAAGCUGCGUGAACGUCAGCAGCUGGAUGAAGAUCUGAAGGGUUACAUGGAGUGGAUCACUCAGGCUGAGAUUAUGGACCCAGACCAGGAGGGUCAAGGUCUGCUGCCGCUGCAGGAGAGAGGUUCGGAGACGGAGAGUCUGUACGAGUUGGAGGGUCUAAACAGACUCAUGUACUACGUACGUCAUGCUCGUCGCUGGAAUCGGUUCUUCCGGAGGAAGUGCCGUGUCUGGGUGAAAUCCAAGCUCUUCUACUGGCUCAUAUUCCUGCUGGUAUUCUUCAACACGCUGGUCAUCGCCACGGAGCAUCAUCAGCAGACCCAGUCCCUCACCGACUUCCAAGAGAGUUCGAAUAAAGCUCUGCUGUCUCUGUUCGCGGUGGAGAUGGUGCUGAAGAUGUAUGCUCUCGGCCUGCCUGCCUACUUCAUGUCUCUGUUUAACCGUUUCGACUGUUUCGUCGUGUCUGUGGGGAUUCUGGAGCUCGUCUUGGUCCACAUGGGCGUCAUGUCCACCAUGGGCAUCUCAGUUAUGCGCUGCAUUCGCCUGCUGCGCCUCAUCAAAGUCACCAAGUACUGGACGUCUCUCAGUAACUUGGUGGCGUCUCUGUUGAACUCGGUGCGCUCUAUCGCGUCUCUCCUGCUCCUCCUCUUCCUCUUUAUCGUCAUCUUCGCUCUGCUCGGCAUGCAGGUGUUCGGCGGAAAAUUCAACUUCCCCGACCAGAAAAUAAGACGAAGCAACUUCGAUAAUUUCCCUCAGGCGCUCAUCACCGUCUUCCAGAUCCUGACAGGAGAGGACUGGAACAGUGUGAUGUAUGAUGGUAUCAUGGCUCAUGGAGGUCCUGUGAUGCCUGGGAUCCUCGUCAGCAUUUACUUUAUCAUCCUGUUCAUCUGUGGUAACUAUAUCCUGUUAAAUGUGUUCUUGGCCAUUGCGGUGGAUAACCUGGCCGAGGCUGAGAGUCUAACCUCUGCCCAGAAGGAAAAGGCCGAGGAAAAGAAACGUAAAAAGAUGCUCAGAUCUAAAGUGUCUGAUAAAGGUGAUGAAGAUAAAACUCUGGCUAAGAAACUGGCAGAGCAGCGAGCAAAGACGGAGGGAAUCCCGACCACGGCCAGGCUGAAGGUGGACGAGUUUGAGUCCAAUGUAAAUGAGAUUAAAGACCCUUUCCCACCAGCUGACUUUCCAGGUGAUGAUGAGGAGGAGGAGCCUGAGAUACCCACCAGUCCGAGGCCUCGGCCAAUGGCUGAUCUGCAGCUGAAGGAGACGGUGGUGCCGAUGCCUGAGGCCAGCUCCUUCUUCAUCUUUGGCCCACAGAACAAGUUCCGUAAGUUGUGCCACCGCAUCAUCAACGCCACAACAUUUACCAACAUCAUCCUCCUCUUCAUCCUGCUGAGCAGCAUCUCUCUGGCAGCUGAGGACCCCAUUGACCCGUUGUCCUUCAGAAACCAGGUUCUGGCGUACGCAGACAUCGUCUUCACCUCUGUCUUCACGGCUGAGAUCGUGCUGAAGAUGACAACCUACGGCGCUUUCUUACACAAAGGCUCCUUCUGCAGGAACUCCUUCAACAUCCUGGACCUGAUCGUAGUCGGAGUCUCGCUGCUCUCCAUGGGGAUGGAAUCCAGUGCCAUUUCUGUAGUGAAGAUCUUGCGAGUGCUGAGAGUCCUGAGACCUUUACGAGCCAUAAACAGAGCAAAAGGACUCAAGCACGUGGUUCAAUGUGUGUUUGUGGCCAUUAAGACGAUCGGGAACAUUGUGCUGGUCACCAUGCUGCUGGACUUCAUGUUCGCCUGCAUCGGAGUUCAGCUGUUCAGGGGUAAAUUUUACGCCUGCACAGAUCCACUCAAGAUGACAGAAGCAGCGUGCAGGGGGACAUUUAUCUAUUACCAGGACAACGCUCUGCACGAGAUGGUGAUCCGCAAGAGGGAGUGGAUUAACAGCGACUUAAACUUUGACAAUGUGCUGAACGGCAUGCUGGCACUUUUCACUGCCUCCACGUUUGAGGGCUGGCCAAAGCUGCUGUAUAAAGCCAUCGAUUCCAACAUGGAGGAUGUCGGCCCUGUGUACAAUAACCGCAUCGGAAUCUCCAUCUUCUUUAUCGUCUAUCUCAUCCUCAUCGCCUUCUUCAUGAUGAACAUUUUUGUUGGCUUCGUGAUCGUCACCUUCCAGGAGCAGGGGGAGCAGGAAUACAAGAACUGUGAGCUGGACAAGAACCAGCGCCAGUGUGUGCAGUACGCUCUGAAGGCCCGCCCACUGCGAUGCUACAUUCCCAAAAACCCAUAUCAAUAUCAAGUGUGGUACAUUGUGACUUCCUGCUACUUUGAGUACCUGAUGUUCCUCCUCAUCAUGCUGAACACCAUGUGCCUGGGGAUGCAGCACUGUAAUCAGUCGGAGCACAUCACUCACCUGUCUGAUAUGCUGAACGUGAUCUUCACUGUGCUUUUCACUGUCGAGAUGAUCCUUAAAGUUGGAGCCUUCAAAGCCAAGGGUUAUUUCGGAGACCCGUGGAAUGUUUUUGACUUUGUCAUUGUUGUCGGCAGCAUUGUCGACGUCAUUCUGAGUGAGAUUAAUGUGGCGCUGGCUGCACAGGGAGGUCUGUACUGUCUGACCGGCUGUGAGGAAGUGAACCCGAUGCAGGAGAUUGCAGAUUCUGAGAACAUGAGUGUGUCCAUCACACUGUUCCGUCUGUUCCGUGUGAUGCGCCUGGUGAAGCUGCUGAAUCGCUUUGAGGGAAUUCGAAACCUGCUGUGGACCUUCAUCAAGUCCUUCCAGGCUCUACCGUAUGUGGCUCUGCUCAUCGUCAUGCUCUUUUUCAUCUAUGCUGUCAUAGGCAUGCAGGUGUUUGGGAAGAUUGCGCUGAUUGAUGGAACGGUGAUUAAUCGCAAUAAUAACUUCCAGACGUUUCCGCAGGCCGUGCUGUUGCUCUUCAGGUGUGCUACAGGUGAAGCGUGGCAGGAAGUGAUGUUGGGAUGUUUAUAUGGUCAGCGCUGUGACCCCAAAUCAGAUUACCUGCCAGGGGAAGAGUUCACCUGCGGCUCAGGAUUCGCCGUCCUCUACUUCAUGAGCUUCUACAUGCUGUGUGCUUUCCUGAUCAUUAACCUGUUUGUGGCCGUCAUCAUGGAUAACUUUGAUUAUCUGACACGUGAUUGGUCGAUCCUUGGGCCGCAUCAUCUGGAUGAGUUUAAGAAGAUCUGGGCAGAGUACGACCCCGAAGCCACGGGGCGGAUUAAACACCUGGAUGUCGUAACUCUGCUGAGGAGAAUCCAGCCUCCACUGGGCUUCGGCAAGUUCUGUCCUCACCGCGUCGCCUGCAAGAGGCUGAUCUCCAUGAACAUGCCGUUAAACAGUGAUGGCACCGUGACCUUUAACGCCACACUGUUUGCUCUCGUACGCACGGGACUGCGCAUCAAAACGGAGGGAAAUUUCCAGCAGGCUAAUGAGGAGCUGCGAGCGAUCAUUAAGAAGAUCUGGAAGAGGACAAGCAUGAAGCUGCUGGACCAGGUCAUUCCACCCAUCGGAGAUGAUGAGGUGACAGUAGGGAAGUUCUACGCUACGUUCCUGAUCCAGGAGCAUUUCAGGAAGUUUAUAAAGCGGCAGGAAGAAUAUUACGGCUACAGACCGACUAAGAAUAAAAAAACCACCAAUGAAAUUCAGGCCGGGUUGAGGAGUAUUGAGGAAGAGGCGGCUCCCGAGCUGCAGAGAGCGAUUUCUGGGGACCUGACGGACGAAGAGGAGAUGGACAGAGUGAUGGACGAGGCGGCUGAAGACGCGAUUUACAGGCGUGCAGGCGGCCUGUUUGGGAAUCACGUGGAUCCGUUCUCACUGCAGUGUGGAGGAGCUGCACACACUCAGGUUGUGAGUCAGCGCCCUCUACAGAUCAGUGACACCAGAGCACAGGAGAGUGACACGUCACCCCGAGUCUCCGCCCACACACACACACACACACACACACACACAGUCAUGGCAGAUCAGGCGAGCAGCAGCAGUGUGAGACUCAGGAAGGACAGAGCGAUGGAGAGAAAGAAGGAGAUGGAGGAGAAGAAGGGAGACAAUGGGACUAACGAGGGUGCAGUGAACAGAGCGAUGAAUGGAGACGAAGCCGUGAUGAGCAACGGAGCGCCGGAGAACGAACAUCCUGAAGUGAUGGAGCUGCCACCGUUUCAGAUCAUCACCGGGGACCGAAUCGACCCCUUGUUCUUCAAGUUCCAGUAUAAGAAUGUGGAAUACUCGUCCGGUCGGAAUAAAACCUUCCUGUGCUACCUGGUGAAUGAGGUGCGCGGCCCUGGUGAUGAGGCUAUACUGCGUGGCUAUGUGGAAGACGAACACAGUGGCGGCGAUCACGCAGAGGACGCCUUCUUCCGUGUCGUGCUGCCUCGCUACGACGCCUCCGUCCGCUACGCCGUCACAUGGUACGUCUCCUCGAGCCCGUGUCCCUCCUGCGCCUCAAAGCUGGCCGAGAUCCUGCGAGAGCGCCAAACGCUGCGCCUCACCAUCUUCUCAGCCCGGCUGUUUGAGUGGGAGGAGCCAGAGGUGAGGGCAGGGCUGAAGGCACUCGCGGGGGCGGGCUGUAAACUACGCAUGAUGAAGCCGCUGGACUUCUCGUACACGUGGGACACGUUUGUGGAACACGAAAACCAGCGCUUCGAACCGUGGGAGGACUGUCAGGAAAACUACGAGUACUACCAGGACAAACUGGCCGACAUCCUGCAGUGACCGAUCCAAAUGGGACGUUUAAGAUUGGAGUUGCAGAUGGCUUAUCACUCUGUGUGUGUGUGUGUGUGUGUGUGUGUGUGUGUGUCUGUCCUUCAACUCUUAAAUUUACUUCGAAAUCCUGAAACAUUUUGUUGUAUCACAUUUUUUAAACUGAGUUAAUGUUGUGUGAAAAGAGUCUUUUGUAUUGCUGUUUAGCUGCAUAUUAAUGUUUAUAUAUAAUUUCCUGUCACAUAUACAGGAGUGUGUUGAUAAUCACACCACAUUUUAUCCGGGUUUACAAUAAAAUCACAAUAUUGUGUUAAGAAAACAGCAGAAGUUCUGCCUGCGGACGCCACGGCGGGAGUGACGGGGUUUAUUAUUCCUCAUGAUCACAGUAUUGUGCGUUUAAUCGUUUACAUUAUCAGCACAAGACUAAUCUACACACCAGAGUUUAACGCUGUAAUUAUCAGAUGUUUUUAUUUUAUUUUAUUUUAUUUUAUUUUAUUUUUCUACAGAUGAGCUGUCUCACCUUCAUUCUGCGCUUUGUUUUUAUUCUUCUUCACAUUUCGAAAUGUUUUAUAUGGUUUAAAAACAAUGCAGCACAGAAACGGAGCUCAUUUAGUUUAACUCUCUUCUAUCCUGUUUGGGGUCCAGCUAAAAAAAUAAAAUAAAAUAAAAUAAAAUCAUAUAAAGUUCUGAUUAUUUUAGGAGAUUACAGAUGACAGUGUGUGUGUUUCUGGUGCAGUUUGUGGAGGGUUUUUUUUCCCCCAAAGCUUCAUAACAGCAGAUUAAUCCAUAAUUAUAACCAGAGAGAAGGGAAGCCCCUGUUUAAUAAAGCAGAACGAGCACAGAGAGAGAGAGAGAGAGAGAGAGAGAGAGAGAGAGAGGAGUGUUAACAGGAUGAACAGGAAGCUGUGACCAAAUAUGGAUAUAAGGAAACACGUGACAGACACAGCUAAUUAAAGAGCAGUAAAGAGCAAAAUGGGACAAAGUGUGAGAGUGUAAUCAGGAAUCAUCUGUAAGUGAAUUACAGUCUUAUUAAAAGGAAGUUGUGAAGUGUGAUAAGCUCAAUCAAUCAAUCAAUCAAUCAAUCAUUCAUUCAUUCAUUCAUUCAUUCAUUCAAUCAAUCAAUCAAUCAGUCACCACAUUUUACAAUGAAAUUUAAUUUACAUUUAAUUUUAUACAUUUCCUUUUCACUUCAGUUCAUAGUGCCACAUAAUGAAGUCACAGUUUUCAUUUUACAUGAAUAAUAAUAUUUUCUAUCACACAGAAUAAACCCUGUAUGUGAGUGAAAGACA